AAAAUAUACCAUGUGUCCCAUCAAAUUCUAAAAGUAACGCAGUCAACAUUCCAUAGUCAAACGAACUAUAGUUUUUUUCAGUAAAUUAACUACAAAAAUGGUAGAAUUCAAUGCGCGUGUAACUGUCAUUGAAUGCUUGUUUUUGUUUUACUUUUAAUUUUACUGCGUUCAUAGUCAAAAUAAUCCUGUUGAACCGGCAAAUUUCAGCUGACUAUGUUUGUCGUCGAAAGCUUUUAUAAAUAUAGUAGUGUCGAAUGCAGUCGGAUACCUAAAUAACGCCAUUUUGCAGAACAUAAAACUUCAGUCAGUUUCGAGUAGGUGAUACGUUUUGUGGUUUGCUCUUGAUUUUAAUAAAAUGUAACAUGAAUUUCCUACCAAAAGUGGAAAACGUUAGUGUAAUUGUGAACGAUACACUUGCCGAUUAUGAAAAUAUCGAUGAAGGAGAUCACGAUCCGGAGUUGCAAAAUCUGGUGGAAGAGUGGAAUUUGUGCGCAUCAGUCUACGCAAUUCUGAUCCAAACGUAUUAUAACCUUCGAGACGCGAAAGCAGAGAAGAAGCAUCCAUCCGGAUUGAUUUACGACCGGCUCCGUAAUCGCAACAAAAAGAGAUUAAUUCGAGCAAAAUCAUCGGAAACAGAAAAUACUUACUGUAAGAAGAAAUCUAUUGCACUCAGUCUUCCUGAAGACGAAAUCACCAAGUUGUCGACAUUGAAAAAUUGGUUGCGCAAUAACUUUGCCCCUGCGGAUGAAGUUCAGGCUAAAUGGAAAGAGUCAAUGCCCUUACGAUUGCGAGCAAUAAUCGAUGAGGUUGAUAUUGAAAAAUGUUAUGUUCUUUCUGAGUGGCCUAGGAUUACUGAUGAGACUGGCUAUUUAUUGAUCGAUUCAGACUUUGAUCACCUUUUCGGAAAAUCUGACAAACUAUUCAACGACUGGGAAGAGUUUUCCGAGAAUUUCUUGAAUUACGUCCGAAUCAACAAUAUCAAAGACGACCGCUCACGUAAACUGAUGCACAUUUUGGAGGAAUCAACUAUAUGUCAAGGUGGGCGUGAUGUGAUUUUGUGUUUUGUUUUUCACGCACUCAUCAAACCUACACGACGAGCUAACGGAAAACUCCCAACAAUAUUGGAGGCACAACUGGAUGUAUAUUAUCUUUGUGACACAUACGACGAGUAUAUUGAAGCCAUCCAAACAACUCGUCAAGAAUGCGCAACGGCAAAAAUUCAGGUUGCACCACGUAUCUAUGCUGUAGGAAGCUUUGAAAGUAUUGAAGAGUUCUACGUUGCCACCGGGAAAAUCGAGUACAGAUUGCCAUCAUUUCUGCGUUGCUUGGAUGUAAUUAUAAAGCUGAAACACGUACUUGACUACCCCUUUCCGGAAAGCUGUGAGAUCUUCUGGUGUUUCAUAACCAGGUACUUUUACGGAAUUGAUUAA